AUGACAGCCACCGCAACCAUAGCCUCUACGGACAUGGGGCUGCUGCUGAGAGAUGAAGUUUUUGUCGACUUUUUCAACACGUUUCUGAACCUUCCUGUAUUUGGCCAGACGCCCUUUUACACCAGCAGCACGGGGCAGUGGGACCUGUGGCCAGAGCUGCCCAGCCAGCUGCCAAUUCCCCUCCACGAGCCGGCUCCUCGCUCCCAGCCUGAUCCUCUCCCGGGGGUUGUGCUGCAGGAUGCCAGCCCCCCGGCUUUGCUGGCCUGGCUGGCGAAGCACCGCCUGCCUCACUUCUGCAGAUCCAGCCUCUGCCUCCACCUCGUCCUCUGCCAGAAGCUCCUGGGUUUCAUUCGGUCGGAGGAAGCAGAGAAACUGCUGAACUGGCGGAGCGCGGACCGGUGGCUGCUGGAGAAGUGCAUCAGCGGCAGCCAGGGCAUGUGGCGCUUCCGAGCCUCCACGCAGGGCACGGCAGGGGAAGAACUGACCAACUUCUGGCUCAGCACCGAAAGGCUGCUGGGGCUCGACGAGUCGGACGCAGCACAGCAGGACCUCUACCUGGCCCUGAUGAACAGGCUGAAAGCCACCCACCUGCGCGAAGGCUCCAGCGUCCUCACCCUCUGCGGCACCCUGGCUGGGUCAUCGCGCAAAGCCAGGCACGCUGGGGCCAUCGGCACCCGGAGGGAGAUGCUAGUCAAGAUGCAGCAACGCGCCCUGUUUAUAAUUCAGAGUUACUGGCUCCCUAAAUUCCUCAUCCAGUGCAAGAUGGGCAUAGAAGAAGAGAAGCUGUGUUGGCCUCUGCUGCAGGAGUACCAGGAGCGGGUGGCGCAGGGCAGCACACAGGAGCCCCUGGGCGUUUCGGACGAUCUCUUCGCAAUGCACAUUACAAAGAGCCAGGACCCAUCAGGGCCCUACUGCAGCAAGAAAGCCAAGGAGAAGGUCUGGGCUCUUGUCAAGGAGGGAAGAGACACCCAAGAAGCGAAGACAAGCUUUCAGGCACAACCAGAGAGGCAGCCAGGGCCAGCUGGGAGCGUGAAGAGAUCGCAGCCGGGUAAGGAGGUUUUGGGACCGGGUCCUGCAAGCGCUGCCUUUGGGGGCAAAGAAAGAGCAACCUCUCCCAAAAGACCUAGACCCAAGGCAGAGCUGGCCAUCCGUCUGGAGGACCUCUGUGAAAAGAAAGUCCUCUCUAGCCUGCGUUCCUCUACACCCCUUGCCAAGCUGCUGACCCCAAAAACGCCGGCCAAGACCCUGCGCCUCCUCCCCUGGGCCCUCAGUGCCGACAGCUGUGCGGGACGGCCCUUCAGGGACUUCUUGAAGUGCCAGGGCCAGACCACGGAGACUCGUCUGCUGGACCUGUGGCACGACCUGGAGGAAUUUCUGCCCGCGGUGCUGGACCCCAGCAGAGAAAACAGCUUCUUCCUGCGCCAUUUGAUCGCGGACAGGAUACUCAAGACCUACCUGGAGGAGAGCGCCGUCCAGCAGCUUCCCCUGGAGGCGAGGACCCUGCAGGGCCUGCGGGAGCACCUGGCUUCUGGGGAGUUCACCCCCUGGAUAUUCAGAGCCCAGAAAGAGAUUUGCAAGGUCCUUUGCAUCUUCUAUGAGAAAUUUCUGGCUGAUGACGACAAGACCUUCCUCCAGUUUAUGGCAAUUUUGCUUACCACAACUAACUUCUUCAGCCUGACCACUAGGAUUUUCCCCAGAUUGCAAUCUUUGUGCUCACAUAGAUUUUCUUCCCAAGGUCUAACUUGGAUAGGUUUGUACCCCAAAAAAUGCUCAGCUGGCCUUCUAGGUUCAGCUCCUCCAACAGGAGGGGCUCCGUACCAGCCCCCUCUGCUCUUCUUGCUGCAGUCUCCGCAGGGCAACGUCCCAGCGCCCGAGGUGCAAGGGCACCCUGUCAGGAAAGAGGAAUGUUUCCUCCUGUCCGAGAGGAUAAACGAAUCCUUGAAGCUGAGCCAGGCCUUGCAUGGCACGAGGAAUUUGGAAGGCCUCUCCUCCGAGCACUGGCGAGCCUGGGCCACUCGGCACCUCCAGCAAGGGGGCUCCAGCCAGGCAGAGACAGACCUCGUGAGCACGGCCGGUAAGAAAUGCAGCACCCCAGGGAGAGCAUGGGAACGGGACAGAGAAGGGGAAAGGCAAAAAGCUGUCACAACACAGCACUCGGUACGAGCUGAGGGGCUGACACAGCCUGCAGGAACAAACCCCGGAUCUGUCCCCUCUUCUCUACCAGACGCAGACUCCCAGAAGGUGACAUCAAAUGAGCCGGCCGCUGAGAAAGCCCCGCUGCCUGCGGACAGCCCAAGCAAGGAUAAUGAGAUUUCGCCUCCCAAAAGCCCACCGCCUGCUGCUGAGCCGGAGAACAAAAAGAAGAGGACUGCUCCUGGAAGAAAAACCAAAUCGAGUGCCGCAAAGGUCACCUCUGCCGUGGUAGAGAAGCCAACUAAAAGACCCAGGUUGGCAGCUUGCAGCACAAGGCUUUGCAAUUUUUAUUUUUUGCUAUUUACAAUCUUUAAGGAAACAGGGCUGUUCCCACUGCUUUCCCAUAGUGUCACUUCUCCUGGAUUUGUCAUUGGGCUCAUUCAGAUAGCACCACUGACCCAUGUGUUUCCAGCUCUUUGGGUGCCUCUGGGUGGAGAAGCAGGGUAUUUUCCAGGUGGGAGGCAGCACAGAGGUCACAUCUCCUGGUGUCUCCUGCCCUGCAGGCACUUUGUGAAGGUGCUGCACAACCCUGCCCACCUGCAGUACUUCAGGCAGUUCCUCGAGGAGCGCAAUGCAGAUCAACCCCUGCGGUUCUGGAUGGCCGUGGAGAAGCUAGUUGCAGAGCCCAAUGCCAAGAUCAAGAGCGCCCUCGUUAGCAGCAUCGUCAGAAAUUAUUUCCACGGUGACAUCCCGGCUGGUAGGCACCCUCCCACCCUGCACUUUACUCCAGUCAGGAUGAAGGCUUCUUUUUCCCUGGCCUGGCUGCAGAUUUUAGAUCCUCUUGCAGGGACUUGCCAAUCCUCCUUUCCCUGCCCAGUGUUUGCUGAGGGCUUCCACUGCCACGUAAAAGGAAAAGAGAUGGGUACCAGAUUCUGGGGCAGGCAGAGGUGGGACAGGGUGCCACGUGCAGAUGGGAGGGUAGGAAGAGCUGUCACGGUGGCUCAGGGACAGCUUCUAGCAGCAGACAGUGACCACUUGUCUCUUCCAGAGGAACUGCUGGACUGCCACGCUUCUAUCAUCAAAGAAAUCAGGGAGGCUGAAGUAGUCACACCCUUCAUGUUGCUGACAGCCCAGGUCUUCGUCCAGAAAGCAAUGGAAAAACGAUGGUUUAAGGAGUACCAGGACCUGUUUCCCCCGAGUGAAACUCCCAAGUCUAACCUUCAUUUGCGGCACAGGAUGGGAAAAUUCACGACAGACAGCCUGGUAAGGAAAGAGCCUCCCUGCCAGCAGGCUGGGGUGUUGUCUAGGAAAGAAAGAAAGAGGGGAGAUGGUCUCUGUGUGGGAGCAAACCCCACAGCCGGGGGCUGGGUCCCCAGGGCUGUGCCACCAGCCGAGCCAGGCUGUGCCUCAUCUCUGCAGAAGUGUGCCUGGUUCACCAUCCACGACAUCGUCAAGAGCAUCUGCAAGUUCCAUCGGGAGAUGAACGACGACAAGUGCCGCAUGGAGUUCGAGGGCUUUCUGCGGAAGGAAAGAGAAAACAAGGAGGAAAGUAAGGCUGGAGUCCUGUCGCCCCGCUCCUCUCUCCCCAGGACACUCCCAGGUUUAGGGGAGGUGAAUGGAGGAAGCCUGUGGCUCCUCACCCAUCCCCACGUGCUGAACCCUAAUUGUUCUCUGCUGGAGGUAUUUAGAGAGCUGGUGAUGCAGGAGUGUCAGGAUGCCAAAUGUGUGCCGAAAUCUUGGGUGAUGAGGCACAGAACUCUGCACAAGCAACACAGAGGGAGGGAGCCAGGUGUAGCAUCAGAUGCCCAGCCAGACUCAAACCAGCACUGGGAGAAGCAGGACCCAAACAUUUUGUCCCCUCUCCCAGACCUGCCCCCCACCACGAUGCGCAGCAGCAGCACCACGAGCACGUUACACUCCCACGACGUCUCCAGCGGCUCCCUGCAGGACAAGGACAUGGCUCUGGUGAAACGCCAGCUCUUUGACAACCAGCUGAUUACCGUCAACUUCCUCGUCGAUGACCUCCGCUUUUAUCUGGAGAUCAACAAAUUUUCCAGGCUGGCUGAUUCGGCCGAAGCUUUGGCAGCCCACAACAUGCGCUCAGACAAGGAAGUCGCCUUUCUCAAAAGGAAAGCUGCCAUCAUCAGCAAGCUCUUCCUGAACUCCGACAUCCCCCCCAAACUGCGGGUGAACAUCUCUGAAGAUGACAGAGACCUAAUCUGGACCCUGUCUUCCAAGGGGCUGCUGAACCGCCUCCUCUACCACAAGGCCAAGGUCACCCUCCUCCCCAUCCUGAUACACUUCUGGAAGAGGUUCUGCAACUGGAAGGUGAUGAAGAGCUUUCGGGUCUCCACGGUGGAGAGGGAGACAGCCUCAUUGCCCAGUACAAAUGCCUGUUCUGAAGUAUCUGACAUCUACAAUCCAAGUAAGAUGAGUGCCUGUCCCCCUGCUCCACGUUUGCCCUGUCUCACUGUCUCAACAGCCAGCUGACCAAGGCUGGGACAGACCUUGUUGAAGACAUUCCUUCCCCUCAAAUCCAGUCAAAAUCACCCAGUGGGUUUUUAGAAAUUCCUUUGGGGAUUAGAGAAGUGGGGGCAGAGAGUUAAUAAGCAAAGAGCUGUUGCAUAAGUCUUGGUUUUUGAAGGAAAUGAAUUAAAAAUACCCCAUACACAUGCUAAAACAGAAAUUAAAGCAAUGAAUCUUUUGGGUUAUAAGUCGGAUGUGAGCAGGAAAAAGAAAGACUGCCCAGAACUGUGCAGGCAAACACCAGGCUUAGUGGCAUUACACGGAGGAUGCUUUGAACACUGGGAAAGGAGAAAAGGUUUCAUGAGGAUGUGAGGUGACACUCACUAGGAUAUCUCUAGGGAAAAAAAAUUCUUUUCCCCUCAUCCACUUAUUUAGUUUCAAUAUACUAAACACUAAACUGUGAAAAACACAAAGAAAGCACUGUUAAGUGCUGUCACUCUGCCUGACAGCCUGGCUCCUUGACUGAAUAUUCAUUUGGAAAUUGUCUAAUUGAUUUUUGAUUAGAGGGGAAACCAAAAUAGGCACGUCCUAAUCUUGCUUUGACGGCCGAGUGGGUGUCAGCAACGCAGCGUUCUGCUCCCGGUAAUUUAUCACUGUCAAGUUCUGGUUAAAAUCAGCACGGCUGGAGGUUUUUUGAUGUGAACAGGCAGGUGCUCGAGCUGCAGCUUGGCAGCCGAGCUGGAGUCGCAAACCCUGUGCUGGUGCUUUCACUCUGAC